AUGCCGCCCCGCGCCCUGCGCCGCGCCGCCGCCGCCGCUCCGCUCCGUCUGCGGGCCCCGCCGCCGCGCUCCGCCGGCUUAAAGCCCCGACCCGCUCGAGCUCGCCAUUGGGCCUCGCUACCGGGGGUCUCGCGCGCCGACCGAGCUGAUUGGUCGCUGGGGCUUCAUUCACGGCCCCCCUACCGUCCGCGUACCUACUCACGCCCCGGGGGCGCGGCCGCCACGUGGGGAGUGGCGCGGGGGUGGCACUGGGACCGCACCCCCUCUCGUCCUGGCUGCGUGGGCCCCGCUUACCCCCGGCGCAGGAGACUCGGAGCCCGGCAGGUCCCACACUCCACGCGAACUGAAUUCCCGCCCGUCUCCUGCCCGGGCGGCCAAGAGGCGGCGGCGGGGAUUGCGGGCUCCGGGAGGCGCUCGGGCUCCGAGAAGCAGCUCAGCCCCGCGCUCCUCCCUCCGCAGUGUCGCUGCCGGCGGGCCGGGAUUCCCGCGGUCUCGGCGGCUGCGAGCGGGAGGCGGCGCGGGUCCCGGCUCGGUUCCGGCGCGGCUGCUCUCCUCGGCCGCCUCGCCUCCCGCGGCUUCCAGCCGGCACCGAGCUCUCCUCUGCGCGCCUCCCUGGCCGGUCUCGUUUUUCCCUCUUCUCCUUCUAGACCCAGCGUCGCAACUCCGCCGACCUACGCCCGACCCGCCCUGGCUUCCUGCCUCAUGCGGGUUCCCCUUCUCCUGGGCUCCGCCGACCAGUUGUGUAUCGAGCUGGAGGAUGUAGAAGGAGGAGGAGAAGGAGAACAAGAAGAUGAGACACUGGUCAGCCCUGAGGACUGGGUGUCCUACCUGGCGAGACGGAGCAAGACACCGACCACUGACUCGUGGCUGACCUGGGACAGAUGGAGUGACAUGUCCUGUGUGGUCCCAGGGACAAUGUUUGGGCCAAUUCAGGGAUGUUGCAAAGAGGCAGAUUUUGGCUCAGUUCAAGGAAGAACUUCGCAACAAUUGCUGAUAUUUUAACCACGAAAGAGGCAAAAAAGGAGUUUCAGUCCCCGGAGGCCUCGAGCAGAAUACGGACUUGCCGAGGAUGCUGAAGAAGGGAGCCAGGCUCCAGGCACAUCGCCUGUGUUCUUCCGAAGCAUUCGGUCGCCCCAUCCGCCCUCUGAAUUAGAUGAAUUAGAGGUAGUGGCAGCAUGGCAGUGAGCUUCAUCCUGGCUGCCAACUCUGGCCAAUUACGAACGUCUGCCUGGAGUGGUGCGUGGAAGAGGAUUUCCAGGCCAAGUCGGAUUCCCCAGAAGAGACUGUGAUCGAUUAAUGAUGUCUGCUGUGGGUGUCCCUCCCAUUCCUCCUACCUGCUGAAGGGUGGCCUCACCACCCGCUGGAAGAUCUGUCGGCUUGGACUUUGAUCUGCAGUCAAAUGCUCUGCCCCUGAGCUAUACCCCCUGUCGGCUUGGACUUUGGAGCACGUGUGCCCCAACUCAGCUCUUUGUCGAUGGUCACUCUGCCAUCGCUGGAACUUUUCUGGGAUGUGACUUGGGGCUCCUCCCCUCCUGCCUGGGUUUGGAUUCCAGCCUUCCCCGGCUGGCCCUCCCUGCCCAGUUGCCCGGGUCAUUCCCAGGCAGCCUCACUUGGAUAUGGUUCCCCGCACGUGCCGGCUGCCCCGCAGGGACGGGGACUAUCUUCCCUGUCUGCCCCAGGCUCCCAAGCCCCGGCCCACAGCUGUGCUGGAACAGGAGUGUGAUGGAUCAUGCCAGUGCCUGAGUUCUUAACUUGCCAUCAUCCAGUGCCUCCCCCCACCCCCUUACAGUUUUCUCCCUUUACCGAUGGUUUUGUAUGGAAUUUAAAAUAAAAAAGAUUGGUUAAAAGUUGGAAACCGUGUAAGUGAAAAUAAAAGCA